AUGGCCGCUUCCGAGGGCACAAUUCUUCCUCCAGUGGCGCCUAUCGCGAACGGCUUCUCGUUCAUGGCUGCCAAAGGGAAAGGAAAGGCCGUUGAGAGUGCACCCCGCGCCAUCGCGCAACCACCGCCCACCAACAGUCGCCCGACAGCCCCCGCCUUCAACAAGCCUGCUCAUGUCGGCGUCGCACUGCCUCCGCCGGUCUUUCCCUUAGGCUAUGGGCCCCUCAUCAAAAAGCCACUGGCCGCACCUGCUGCUUCUGCGGAUCCCGCUGGUUCAACCUCUCGCAAGCGGCGCGCUUCCACGGACUUGACGCCGUCUAGCCCUACCAAGCGCGGCCGCUCGGACGUGGGGCCGGAGAACGUCGCGCCUACCGUGCCUUCGGCGCCCGUCUCGCCGGCCAAGUCGGCGAUCAAGCAGUCGAACGACGACUCCGAAGACGAGGAGGACAUCGACGACUGGGCAGAGGACGAGCAGGAGGACCUGUUCUCCGGCAUGGAGCGCAUGGAACGCGUUGAGUCGACCGCUUCUGGUGCCAAUGAUUCCAUCGCUGGCGCUACCCAGGUUAACAGUGCCACUCAAGACAACUCCACCGUUCACCAGUGGACGUCCGCUGAUCUUGUCACCGACAACGAUCCGGGAUAUUUCAGGAUGCCUGUGUACGAUUCUGACCACGUCGACGCGGACGGAACGGUGGCCACGCUCGUCAAGAUCACUGAAGCCAUCCCUGCCAUCGACCCUGAAUCGGACUCUUUUGAUGCAUGGCGUCGUGAUGUAUAA